AUGGACUUUCUUCAUUCCGCAACAGAGGCGCUCUACAACAGCUUCUCACCCAGCAACAAAUCCGAGGAGGCAGCCGUCGAGCUGAGAGCUACGCUGGGCGAAGGCCUCUGCGUGUGCGUCGUGGGCGAGGCAUCCAACGAGCUGAGCCGCGCCGUCGCCACGCAGUGCUCGGAGGUCUUGGGGAAAGAGGCGGUCUUCGUGACCUCGGGACAGGACUCGGCGCACGUCUUCGCCGACUUCUGCACCUCCGAGGUCUUCCACUUGGUGCCCACGUGGGAUUCCACGGGCUUCCGCGGAACGGAUCUGCCCGUGGGCACCGAUGCGCAAGACUGCUCCGCCAUCUUGGGCACCUUGGGUGAGGCCUUCUUGGUCUUCCCGGGCGCCGAGCCGGAAGUGCUCACGAAAGCAGCUGCACGCUCGGCCGCCAUCCUACCACUGCUGAAUGCGGAGCCUUCGGCUGAAAAGCCCUGGUUCGUCACCGAGGAGCAGUGGAAGGUCUUGCGCGAUCCAGAGGCUGCUGCCGACAAGGUGGCAGCCGCUUGUGCUAGUGCCUUGGGGAGCUUUGACAUACAUCACAAAGCUGUUGCAGAACCUGAUCAAUGUGAUGAGCUUUGCUACGUGGAUCCCGAUGCCGAGAGGUGGGCACAGCUGGCAGAAGUGGCUCAAAUGGAUGUACCUGAUGUGAAGAAGGGAAAGAUGCGCUUGCAGGGCAGCUUCCAAGGAACUGCGACGACGCAUACACAUCAGAUGGACUUGAACAUUGGUGUGAACAUGGAGAUGCCCUCCAAGGUUGCGGCCAAGACCAUGAAGCAGCUCUCCGAUUCAGGCUUGGUGCCGCAGGAGGCACAGGAGGCGUUGGAGUCGGAGCGCCGCAGCUCAGGCGUCUUUGGUGCAUUGGCUGACUAUUUCCGGAAAGACUCCCAGGAUGCGACGGCGGAUGUGUCCUCCAUGAUCAUGAACAGCAUGCAGAUGAAGCUCGAUGACGUGCAUGCAACCUACGAGGCGCAACAGGAGGAACUUCGGCAAGCGUUGGAUGAGGCGAAGUCGGAGGUACAUCAGAUGACGAAGAAGGUGAAGCAGCUUGAGGAGGAGAAUCAAAUCUUGGAGUCGAGAAGUCGCCAGGACUCGGGCAAGCUGAACGGCAAUGACAAAGAGGCCGAGCUCGAAGCACUUCGAGGUCAAUUGUCCGCGAAGGAUGCGGAGCUUUCUGCCAAGGCCAAAGAGUUGGAGGCAGCGUCCAUCCGCCGGAAAGAAGAUUUGGAGGAUCAAGCGCAAGCCGCGAAGGACUUGGCUGCUUUGAAUCGCUUGGAGAAGGCCUUGCAUCAGGCGCAUGCCCGGUUGGAGGCGCUGGAGCAAGAAAAGCUCUUGCUUCAAGGAGAACUGAACGAGCUGAAAGCCAGCCAUGCACGAGCCUGUGGAGAGCUGGAUUCCUUGAGGGAGAUGCCAUCGCCCAGUGCACACAGGGAGGCACGAGCCAAGCUUGAGGAGAAGCAGCAAGAGUGUGAAGGCUUGGCCCAAAAGCUGGCCGUGACGGAGGCCGUCGCCCGCGAUGCCAAGCGGCGCUUAGAGGACUUGGAGGCGCAAGUCUCCGCUCUAACAGGCCGAGAGGCUGAAGCCAAGAGUGGCGCACAGGAGGCAUCCAAUCAGCUGUUGGAAAAGGCGGAAGAGAUGGAAAGGCUGAGAGCGGAGAACCAAGAAAUGAAGGAAGAAUUGGCGAAGGUCACUACGUCGGAAAGAAGACUGACAUCCACCGUGGCCCAGCUCAAUGAACGCUUGUCCGCCAGCGCCAAGCCUGAGACCGGCUCCAGACCGAGCUCCUCCGAGCUGCAGAAGUUGCUGAAACUGCACCAGGACCUGCAGGUGGAGCACGAGAAGUGCUUGAAAUCUUUGGAUGGCUUGCAGGGCGAGCGUGCCAAUUGGCAGGAUGAAAUGGUCGCGUUGAAAAAGACCUGUAGUCAGCUCCGACAUGAAGCAGACCAGGUGAAGACCACCCUGGUCGCAGAAGUGGCUGGAAAAGCAGCUUCUGUCGCACAGGUGGCGCAAGAGAAAGAAGUGGCCAGCACGCUCAAGCAGGAACUGGCAGAGCAGCAGCAUCGCUUCGCACAGGUGAGUGCCGAGGCCAGUGUCCUGGCGGCCAAGGUGAAGGACCUUGAAGCCAAACUGCGGCACGUGAGCGACCGGAGCGAUGAGCGCGCCUUUGAACAGUCUCGGGCCGCUGGCGAGGAGCGGGAAGGUGCCGAGUUACGCCGACAGCUCCAACAGGCAGUGGAGGAGCAGCUGCAAGCCGUCGAGAAGGCCAAAGCAUGGCAGCAGCACCUGGAAACUGCCCAAAGCCAAAUCGCGGACUUGACCAGCGAACUUGAGGCGCUGAGGAAGUCCAGCGCCGAGGAGCGCAUCAUGGCUGCCACGCGAGAGCUUUCCGAAGAGGACAUGGAUCUCUCACUGACGGCCUCCGAGGACAAGCAGCUUCGCUCACGUCCAGGCGUCAGCCGCUCGGUGAUCGUCCGCUCCAUGCCGAUGAGAAGUGGGGCUUUGGGCACGCGGGCCUCUCCCAUGACCACGUACAAGUCUAUGCCAGCAACGGCACCUCAAACCAUGCAGGCAGGGCGUCGGACUGGCAAGGUGACGCACAUUGGUACUACCACAACCAUUGGUAACGUCUCGGUCUUUUCUCCUUCCGCUGAGGUGAGCGGCACAUUGAGCAACUCGCCCCUUCCGGCACCAGCAUUUUCUCAGGUCGCAACGGUGCAGCGGAGCAGUGUGGGGGCAACUCCCGUGGCAUCGGUGCAACUGCCCACCGCCGCAGGGCUGGGCUCAGCCUUGGCGAAGCUGCGAAGCUUCAACGAACGCAGCCAGGCCAAGCGGCCCUUUGGUCCGCGCAAGGAUCCUUUGGGCAAGUGGCCCACCGAAAGCUGUCCAACGGCUCGGCCGGUGAAGCCGGUCUCGCCGGUGCCCUCGGACAUUGACAUCGCCCAGUCCGAUGUCUUCUCCUAUGGCCCCUACAAGGGCAAGAUCAAUCUGAACAUUUGGAGCAAGCUGAAGGACAAGCCGAAUGGCCACUACGUCGUGGUGUGUGGCAUCAACCCAACCCCAUUGGGUGAAGGGAAGUCGACCACCACGGUGGGACUCUCUCAAGCGUUGGGUGCCUUCCUGGGACAGAAGGUCCUCACCAACAUCCGGCAACCCUCGAUGGGCCCCACCUUUGGCAUCAAGGGCGGAGCGGCGGGCGGAGGCUAUGCGCAGUGCUUUCCCAUGGAGGACUUUAACCUGCACAUGACGGGUGACAUUCACGCGAUUACGGCGGCACACAACUUAUUUGCCGCGGCCAUCGACACACGCUACUAUCAUGAGAACAGCUCCUCGGCCAAGGGGAUUUGGAAUCGACUCUGUCCGGUGGACAAGAACGGGAAGCGGGAGUUUGAGCCCACCAUGUACGCGCGGCUCGAAAAGCUUGGCUUGGGUCAUAAGAAAGAGAAUCCAGAUUUGCUCACUGAGGAGGAAAUCGAGAAAUUCUGCAUUUUGGACAUCGAUCCAGACACCAUUACCUGGAAACGUGUGACAGACUGCAGUGACAAGUACCUCCGCAAGGUGGAGAUUGGCUUAAGUCCCUCUGAGUUCUCCAAGAAGAAGAACGAGCAGAUGAAGCGCACCUCCUCCUACGGCAUCACCGUGAGCUCGGAGAGCACGGCGACAAACGCGAGAGCACGCGACACGCGACACGAGAUCAUGGCGAUUCUGGCGCUGGCGACCGAUCUGAAGGAUCUCCGAAGUCGCCUGGGAAAGAUGAUUUGCUGUUAUUCCAAGAAGGGAGAGCCAAUCACUGCGGACGAUUUUGGCAUCACAGGAGCACUGGCAGUUCUGAUGAUGGAUGCUUUGCCGCCGAACACCAUGCAGACACUGGAGGGCACACCGGCUCUCGUCCAUGCCGGACCCUUUGCGAACAUCGCGCACGGCAACUCGUCCAUCAUUUCAGACCUCAUUGGGCUGAAGCUCGUGGGCAAGGACGGCUAUGUCCUGACCGAAGCGGGCUUCGGCUCUGACAUGGGCGGUGAAAAGUUCUUCAACAUCAAGUGCUACUACAGUGGAUUGAAGCCCGACUGCGCUGUGAUCGUUUGCUCGGUGAGAGCCCUGAAACUCCACAGCUGCGAGGCACCCAAGAUUGUCGCUGGACAAACGCCCGCGAAGGAAUACCGAGAGGAGAAUUUGGAUUUGGUGGAGAAGGGCUGUGCCAACCUGAUCGCCCACAUCCAGAACGUGCGAAAGCAUGGUGUCAAGGCAGUGGUGGCCAUCAACCGCUUUGGCACAGAUACGGAUGCCGAGCUAGCGCUGGUGAAGAAGAUCGCUGAAGAGAACGGGGCCUUUGCUGCGGUCGUCGCGGAGCAUCAUGCCAAGGGAGGUGCUGGUGCAACAGCUCUGGGAGAAGCGGUCAUGGCCGCCUGCAAAACGCCGUCGGACUUCAAGUUCCUUUAUGAUGCCAAGAAAGAUUCCAUCAAGAGCAAGAUUCUCAAAGUUGUUCAAGAGGUUUAUGGUGGAGCAGACGUCAAGUACUCUGAGAAGGCGGAGGCCGUGCUUUCAAGAUACCAAGCGGAUCCAGCCAUCAACUGCCUACCGAUUUGCAUGUCCAAGACCCAGUACUCCCUCUCAGACGAUGCCAAGAAGCUCGGAGACUCGGACGAAAGACCGUCUGGACGAGUCGACGACUGGGACGGAGCGCGGAGACGCUCCCGGCUGCGUCCGGACGGAGCGCCCAAAGGCUUCACCAUCACAGUGCAAGACAUGUAUGUCAGUGCCGGGGCCGGCUUCAUUGUGGUUUCGCUGGGUGACAUUACCUUUAUGCCUGGACUUCCAAUCAAGCCUGCAUAUUACAAGAUCGACUUGGACUUCACACAAGAUCCACCCAGAGUGGUGGGACUCUCAUAG